AUGUCACAAGCACGAAAAAGAGUUUGGAAAUACAAUAAUGGGGGCGCACACUGGCUUAUGAUGGCUUACCUUCUCUCCCUGAUUUUGCCAUGUACGUGUUUUCUCCCCAACUUUUGGUCGCGGGUGUUGACGUUAUCUUGGGACUCACACACGCAUCAAUACAUCACUGAGCAGGCCAUUCUCAAUGUCACCCUGGACACUCUACGACAAAAUCAAGGGCAUCGUACUGAGGAUGAGACCAGGCUUGGACGAGGUUUCUGGAGGGCUGUGAGGGAGGUGGUUCACUCCAAUGCAGAAAUGGACUUUCUCAGCUCCACUAGGUCCGACCCAGUGUACCACUUUGAUUCUGAGCGUGUAGACAGCGCCGUGGCAAUGCUGCGGAGGUUCUGGGUUCAUACUCUUCUGUCAGUGCGGGCCAAUGAGCAUCAAAGUGCUCGACACAGCUUGGGACAGCUAUUUCACUCCCUGCAGGACUUUUACAGUCACAGCAACUGGGUGGAGAUGGGUCAGCGCUCGAUUUACCUUCAUCUGUUACAGCCAGAGGAGCCAGCCGUCCCUGUAGCUAAAGAUGACACCCCCACCUGCAUGGAGUGCUUUAGCAUCACCUGUCGAAACAACCUCCUCCCAAGACUGACAAGUGCACAAAAGGACUCCCAGUUGCUCACUACUGGCUACUUCAGCACCUUUCCUCCAAAACCUGAAGGCAAAUGCAGUCAUGGGGGUAUGCUGGACAGCAGCCGCUCCAUGGGGGCCAAAGGGGGCAUAAACAAAGACAGUACAUCACCGCUUUUCUCCCCGCAUCAUUUUCUCCACGUGGAAGCGGCCACCCUGGCUUCUCAAGCUACACUGACUGUACUGAGAGACCUCAGGGACACAGUUGGCCACAAGACCUUCCUCAGACUUUUCAGUGUGAAGCAGGCGCCUUCUCUGGUUUUCGUUAUGGACACAACAGGGAGUAUGUUUGAGGAAAUCACUGCGGCUCGACUGCGGGCCCAUUCCAUCAUCCAGAACCGACGCAACCUCCCUGAACAAACUGGAAGCUUCUUGCUUGUACCCUUCCAUGACCCUGAAGUUGGCCCAGUGUAUGAGACUGAUGACCCAAACCAGUUUAUGGAGUACAUGGAAAACCUGAUGGCACUGGGAGGAGGAGAUGAACCAGAGAUGUGCUUCACUGCCAUUCAACUGGCCCUCACUCACAGUCCACCACUAUCUGAGAUUUUUGUGUUCACUGAUGCCUCACCCAAGGAUGCCCACUUGUUUGAUGUGGUUAAGGCAUUAGCACUUGCCAAACAGAGCAAAGUGACAUUUCUCCUGACGGAAGACCCCAACUACAGCAAAGAAAGCAAACCAAGGAGCAGAACAAGGAGAACGUCAAAGAGGAGGAAGAGAAGCAGAGAACAUUUGCCCCCUAAUCGUUUCUCCCUCUAUACGACGCUGUCGUCCUUGUCUGGAGGACUGACAAUAUUCACCAGCAACUCUGACAUCCACAGCGUCUCUUCUAUAGUGGAGGACAACACUGCAGCAGAGAAGGUGACUCUCCUCCAUGUUGAGACAGACCAAGACCAGAAGUCCUCGCACUCCUUCCGCGUCGACAGCUCAGUUAAAGACGUUACAGUACACAUCAGUGGCUUUCUUAGUCAGUGCAUCCUUAUUGAUCCUUCAGGCCAAACUCAGUCUCUUUUGAGUGAAAAGGGCUCUCUUGCAUCUUUGGAGGUCUUCAACGGCCUGUACCGUGUCCGUCUACUCUCUCCGAUCCAGCCAGGCCAGUGGAACCUGCAAGCCACUGCUGACGGGCAUGUCGCAUUCAGCAUACUAGCUGAAAGCAAUGUGGAUUUCCUGUAUUAUUUUGCUACUGUAACCAAUAAGACUCAUCCUGGAUUGGCCAGAGUAGAGGGCAGCCCUGUAGCAGGUGUCCCUGCCUUCCUUGUAAUAGCUGUGACUGGCCUGUCUCCUCACCAUGAAGGAGUCUCCUUCAGUCAUGUGACCCUACUGGGAGCAGAAGGGGAGAGCCUCAAGAAGGUGUUGCUCAACUCGUCUUCACCAUACCCAAGCCACACAACUGAGGAGCUGAUCGGCUGGGUAGACUCCAUUCCCAGAGCUCCCUUUUCUGUCCGCCUAACAGGCCGAGACGGCGGCGGAAACAAACUGGAGAGGGUUGCCUCGGAAUUGGUGCAGCCCACUCAUGUUCAGAUACAGGUUCUGUCCACCCCCCCUCUGGUACCUGGCCACAGCACCACGGUGGAAUUCAUCAUCUUCAACCACGGUGGAGGCCGACUCUUCAACAUGAUUGCUGAGGAUGAUUCUGGAUAUCUGCAUACAAGAGGACCCUACAGGUUCUACAUCUCGGCGCACAAUGUUUUCCAUAGUCAGGUGGGUCUUCACACGCCUUCUACAGCUCAAGAUGGAGCCACUGUCACCCUGACGCUGUCAGUACAAGCUCUCAACUCUAAAGACACAAACUACGCUGUGGCCUACCUGACAGUUAUUCCACCCGACCGUGAUAUGUCUCCUCCAUCCUGCUCAGCUUCCAGAGUUUUGUCUUCAUGUUCUCCAGCUUGCAAUGAGUCCACCUGGAGCAUGUCUCUGGCUCUGUCGGACAAUGGGCGCUCCGGCCUGGCUGCUCUCCAACUACGGCAGGGAAUAGGCAGUUUGACUUUACUUCCACCGCUUGUGGGGGACAAAUUAGGUGAGGCUCAUAGUGACCAGUAUAAGGCCACAUUAGUGAAAGGAGACCCUCCCUUUAAUGUGUCCGAGUCACCAGAGCCCCUGUGGGUAAAUUACACGUCAAGCUGCUGCUCAGUCAGCGCUGAGCUCCUGGUGUGGGACACAGCUGGAAACAUGAAACGCUGUCAUUUUGCAUCUGCUCAGCAGAGGCAGCUAAGCAACACAAGGACAGAAUAUAGCAGAGAUGGACCUCUAAAGCCCACUAGAUUCUCUCUAUUAGUUUUGCUUCUCCUAUGCACUGAGCAGCUCUUUUAA